GCUCCUACAGACACUCACAAAUCUCUGAGCUGGGCUUCGAAACCUGGUGCUGUCAUUUUAGCAACUCUUUGGUGAACCGAAACUUUUUGCUGUCACACUAAAAGAAAGGUCUGGAGAAGGGGCGUUAAAAUGAAUUGGAUUCAAAUCUUUGUUCUUUCUAGUUUAGCAGUUGUACUUUUAUUUACCGUUAAGAAAACCGAAACUGCUGCAGUCCGACCAGACCGCACAGAUGCAGAAGGUACAAAAGAUUUCAGGAAUUCGAUCUUCUUGAAAGAUUCCGACGCUGUAAGUUUCUUCAAGACUAGAAAAAGGAGAUCCACCAAGUCCCGGGAUGAAGUGAACGCUGAAAACAGGCAACGUCUUGCUGCUGACAGGUACCGAAGGAAUUAUUACGAAGAGAAACAGAAUGAGUUUAGGAAGUACGUAGAAGAGGAGAGAGAUGAGCAAUAUGAACGAAACCGUGAAGUUACUGAACAGUGGCGUCAAUGGCACUAUGAUGGUCGUUACCCAUCUUACCAGUACAACCGCCAUCAUGUUUAAACAGUAAAGCAAGAAGCCCAAAAGCUGCUAGAGGCAUUCGUGAAAAAAACACAAUAAAGACAGCUUUGGAAAAGAUAUUACAAUACUUGGCACACAUGAAUGUGUGUGAAUGUGCGUGCGCAAUAUGACAAGCAUAGCAGUAUUAAAAUACAUUACUUUUACUUUGUCCUGCUUCCCAUAGUGCAUUCUUUAGUAUAGACGGCCCUGGAAAUAUUCAGAGUGAACUCUGCUAAAAUAAGAAUCAAUGUGAGCUAAAACUUUGUAAAAUAUGACAUAUAUCUAUAAGAAUGACAAUUUUUCUUGUGCAAUCUAGUGUUUUUUUUUUUUAUUAGCAUCACAGGAGACUUAAAAUGAGAAUAAUAUAAUAAUACUGGACCUUUGGAGUUAUUUUCUGGGAUGGUGAAAAAGAGUUCAUAUACUAAAAAGAUAUGGUUAUUCACAAUGAGAAUAUUGUACGGACAGUCAUCUAUGCCUUGCUUGUUACCAGUUCUUGACCAGAUGACUGGUCAGAUAUACUAUGGCUUUGUUACAGAUGGAAAGCCUGAUAUGUGUUUCUUUUAACAGAAACAACUUUUUUUGGGGGGGGGGGUGACUUGCUACAUUUCAACAUAUUAUAACCUAGUUACUUUGGUCUCUCAGGCAGUAAAAGUGAAGAAACAGCCUGACAUAAUUAGUAGUUAAUUGUAACCAUGAUCUUGCAUAUAUUUCACUGAGUAUGAGGUAACCAUGAUUACAGACUACUCAUUUAAGUGAUACAAAAUAUUUCAGAUGAUGGCUACAAAUUGGAAGUUGUGCUUUUUUUUCAAGAUAUGCUUGAUAUAAUUACCAAAAAAGUUAACUAUGGUCACACAUCAGCAAUGCCUAUGUGUCUCAUAAAACCUCUGUAAGCAGUUGCAGUCUAUGGUUGUGUAUUUGUAUUUGCUGCUGUAACUUGAUUAGCCUGCCAUUUCAGUGACAUAAAGGGAUAAAGCCUGACUACAAUCCAGCCAACUUGGUUUCAGUUAGUGGCCUGGACACUGAAUGAGCAGGUCUGGAAGACAGAGGAGUAAUGAGGCCUGGCCUCCUCAUCUCUCUUGGUGGGAGAGGGGGGAGUUGAAAGGCAUUUGCCCAGGACACAGACCCCAUGUCAAAAUCCUUGGUGGAGACAGGGGAUUAAUGGAAGCACUUGCCAUCAACACAGUAGGCUGCUUGAAGGGACACCUCUCACAAAACUGCAAGACAUACCCUUCACAUGCAUUCACUGCAUAUCAUACCUUAGGAUAUAGUGGGUAUGUGCAAGGGGAAUUACUAGGGCCACAACAGAAAACCUUAGAUUCCUUGAGCAGGAUGACUGUUCUUCUCCUACCAUUCAAACCUUGCCCCUAGGAAGAAUAAAUGGACUAUAUGGGUCUCUUCUCCAGGGGGAAUUAAUGGUCUGUUGGAAUGGAUGAGAUGGUAUCUUGUUGAUCAGCAGGUAUAAGCAUCAAUUACCCUGCAGACUGUCUUAUUUACUAAGUGAAAAACAGUAUGGUUUAUGGUAAGAACAAUAAUUUAGAAAAUGGGACAACUAAUUCUUAAACCCUGCUUAACUAAAAUACUCAAUAUGUGACCUUGUGCAGUGUAACUAAUCUUACCUCAGUCUGGUCUUCCCAGCUGAAGAAACUAGAAGAAUCAGCCUUGAACUGCAUACACAAAAAGGCACAUCUCAGAUGGGUUAUACAGCAUACUUAGACCCACAAAUAAAUUAAUUUUUGAACUUUAUUGCUGUAUUUCUUGCUGUUGUACUACUUUUAACAUUCAAUCAUACAAAAUGUGAGAGAGAGGUUUAGUCAUUAGACUGUAUCUUUUCUUGCCAUCCUAGAAAAUAAAUAUUCUUCUAACCUGCA